ACAAAGGCGCGCUCGCUGCCGAGGUGAAGAGAGUAAUCCAGAUUGAAAUAUGAGUGCCGAGAUGAGCCAGGGGGUAAUCACAACCCCUCCACCGCCCAGCAUGCCUCACAAGGAGCGAUAUUUUGACCGCAUCAAUGAAAAUGACCCUGACUAUAUCCGUGAAAGAAACAUGUCUCCUGACCUCAGGCAAGACUUCAACAUGAUGGAACAAAGGAAGAGAGUCACCCAGAUACUGCAGAGUCCUGCUUUUCGGGAAGACCUGGAAUCUCUUAUACAUGAACAGAUGAAGAAAGGCAAUAACCCAACUGGGCUGCUUGCAUUACAACAGAUUGCUGAUUACAUUAUGGCGAGUUCUUUUGCAGGGUUUUCUUCAUCUCCCCUAAGCCUUGGAAUGGUUACACCAAUCAAUGACUUACCUGGGAUAGACACUGCUGCAUUUGUGAAGGGUGAAAAACUUACUCGUUGUAAAUUAGCCAGCUUGUAUAGGCUGACCGAUUUAUUUGGAUGGGCACACUUGGCUAAUUCAUAUAUCACAGUAAGAGUAAGCAAAGAACAUGAUCACAUUCUUAUCAUUCCAAAAGGCCUAUCAUUUUCUGAAGCUUCUGCCUCCAAUUUGGUAAAAGUAAAUAUCAUAGGAGAAGUAGUUGACCAGGGGAGCACCAAUCUAAGCAUUGACAGCACAGGGUUCAGUCCUCAUGCAGCCAUCUACUCCACGCGUCCUGAUGUUCGAUGUGUGAUCCAUGUACACACUCCAGCAACUGCAGCUGUUUCUUCUAUGAAGUGUGGUAUCCUUCCUAUUUCUCAGGAGGCUCUGAUUCUAGGCGAUGUUGCCUAUUACAAUUACCAAGGAUCUCUGGAUGAACAGGAAGAGAGAAUUCAACUCCAGAAAGUGCUUGGACCAAGCUGUAAGGUCCUGGUCUUGAGAAACCAUGGGGUAGUAGCACUAGGAGAGACAUUAGAAGAGGCCUUCCACUACAUCUACAAUGUACAAAUAGCUUGUGAAACGCAGGUGCAUGCCUUGGCUGGAGCAGGUGGCAUGGACAAUCUCCUUAUCCUAGACUUGCAGAAGUAUAAACCUUUCACACACCACGUGGCAGCAGCUGGAGGAGGAGGAGUCAAUAUGGCUUCCCAGUUCAAAUGGAAAGUCGGAGAACAAGAGUUUGAAGCGCUAAUGAGGAUGAUGGACAACCUGGGUUACAGAACUGGCUAUGCUUAUCGGCAGCCUCUAGUGCGGGAGAAACCCAGACACAAGAGUGAUGUUGAGAUUCCAGCCACUGUGACGGCCUUUUCCUUUGAGGAUGAUUCAGUCCCAAUUUCCCCUCUCAAAUUCCUAGCACAGAAACAGCAGCGGGAGAAGACAAGAUGGCUGAACUCCCCAAACUCAUAUUUGAAAGUGGAUGUUCCUGAAGAAUCCCGAAAUGGAGAAACAAGUCCCCGGACUAAAACCACAUGGAUAAAAGCUGAAGAUUCAUCUAAAGUUAGUGGAGGAACUCCAAUAAAAAUAGAUGAUCCAAACCAGUUUGUUCCUAUGAAUACAAAUCCGAGUGAUGUGCUGGAAAAGAGGAAUAAGAUUCGAGAGCAAAACCGGUAUGACUUAAAGACUGCAGGACCACAGUCUCAGUUGCUUGCUGGAAUUGUGGUAGAUAAGCCAAGUACUCCCAUGCAAUUUGAAGAAGAUGAGCAUGCUGUACCUGCCCCUCCCAACCCAUUCAGCCAUCUCACAGAAAAGGAACUGGAAGAAUACAAGCGGACAAUCGAACGCAAACAACAAGGAGUUGAGGAUGCCGAUCAGGAAUUAUUCUCAGAUGACGGGUCAUCUGUUUCACAAACACACUCUCAAACUCAGUCCCCGCAAAAUGUCCCUGACAAAUUAGAAGAAAAUCAUGAUUAUUAUCUUCAGGAUUCUACCCUCAUCUCUCUGGAUAUCCCAGGUGUGGUGAUGAAUGGCAAGGAAGAUGCACAUGAUGUGGAAGAGGAUCUCUCACAGAGAGUCAGCCGGUUAACCACUAGUACUGUAGAGAAUGUAGAGAUUACCAUUAAAACUUCUGAAAAGAUUGAGGAGGCCCUUUCCCCUGAGGGAUCCCCUUCCAAGUCACCAUCAAAGAAAAAGAAGAAAUUCCGUACCCCAUCUUUCCUGAAAAAGAGCAAAAAGAAGGAAAAGAUGGAAGCCUGAGUGCAACUCACUCUGAGGCUAUGUUGCACAUUUCAAACCCACGUUUUAAUCAGCCAUUAACAUGGUCAGUUUAGGUAGGGUUGUGUAGUAAACUGGGCCUUAACCUAAGAACAGAACUGGAAGACACUAGAGACCACUUUAUGUCGAUUAAGCAAAGAAUUCAUCUCUCAACUAGUAUCAAUGAAAUCACUUUGAGGGUUUGAAAUAUUCAAUAUUCCACUAUAAACUGAUAUUGGCAGGGGUUCCAGUACAGCACUAUUAUUAUACAUACACCUUUGCAGUAGCAAGUUACACCUGGAAUUUUUUUCUGGAGUAGAAAAUCUUCAGUACAGUGUCACUAAGGUAGCUGUUGCGUUAUCAUAUUAUGUUCGUUUAAUCUACUGCCUCAUUGAGUAAUUGGAUGAUACUUCUUGGUAUUGUGAUUUUUGACUAUAGCGUUUGUUUUGGCCCCACUGCGGAGGGCACUUCUCACCACACCUUGUCAAGAGUUGGUCACCUAUAAUUAUUAGACACUGGCACAUAAUAUUAGGGCGGGGGGACUGUAAAAGGAAUUGCAUUUGGAAUUUUACAGAUUGCAUUCAUCACCAAUAACUUUUGCCAAAUACUUCAUUUUAGUAAGAUAUAAUUUUUGAAAACUUUUUUUAUUCUAUCAGUUGGGGGGCAGAAAGAGAGCCCUUAUUUUUCAAUAAAGGGGAUUUUAUACGCUUAACAUUGAUAACUUAGUUUAACUAUGGCAAAACAAAAAAAAAGAAUUUUAUAUGUUGAAACUUUUGUAUACCACUCAGUAUAAAGUAUUAUAGGCAUGUAAACCAAGUAUUUUAACAAUAGAGAUUAUUAAAGAUGCUUGGUUGUAGAGUAUACUUAAAUAUAAUUCAGGAAUCCAGAAGCUCUGAAGCCAGAUGUGGAA